GCAACAGAACUCGGUCGAAUUGCAUCACAUUUCUAUUGUACUUAUGAUACAAUGCAAACCUAUAAUCAGCUACUGAAAGCAACAGCAACAGAAAUUGACCUCUUUCGCAUCUUCUCACUAUCCUCCGAAUUCAAACAAAUCAUGGUCCGUGAGGAGGAAAAACUGGAAUUGCAAAAACUUGCUGAACAUGUUCCCGUACCAAUCAAGGAAAGCCUGGAAGAAAGCAGCGCAAAAGUUAAUGUUCUUCUCCAGGCAUACAUAUCGCAGUUGAAGUUGGAUGGCUUUGCACUUCAAAGUGAUAUGGUAUUUAUUAGCCAAUCGGCUGGACGUUUGUUCCGCGCCUUGUUCGAGAUUGUUCUAUGGAGAGGCUGGGCACAUCUCGCUCAGGUUGUGAGAAGUAUUGAUAAGAAAAAUCUGCCGUUCGAGCGUCUGUACGAUCUCGAUCAGCAUCAGCUUGGAGAGCUUGUAAAACUGCCCAAAAUGGGCAAACCGUUGUAUAAAUUUAUUCGCCAG